AUGGCACCGCCAACGUCGACCAAGAAGACUCGGGCAAAGCAUGCCUGCCGCGAGUGCAACAGUCGCCGCGUCAAAUGCAAUGUAACCGAGAUGCAACCCUGCUCCAACUGCUCGGCGUCGGGCGUCCAAUGCGAGAUUCUCCCGUCCCGGCGAGGAAGGUAUCCGCGUCGCUCUCGCCGGCUUCAGCCACUGGCCGCAACAGAGGCACACGCGUCGCCCAGUCCUCUUGUCGCCGGCGAGGCAGCUGUGCACGCGCUGCGCUCUUCGCUCGCGCCCGAGGAUGGCGACCGUCGCGGCAGCACAGUUCCGGGUGGGCACUCGGGAGGCCGACCCUCGCCACAGCGCAUCGCUCCGGCUCCGGCCCCGACCAUGACCCCGACCCCGGCUCCGCCGCCACCGCCACCGGGGCUGCCCGACCAGGCAGAGACGCCGUCGUCCGCCUCCGCGACAGGCACGCUCUUCUUUGGCGAAUCCAACUUUCUGACACUGGUGCCUGGAGACGAUCCCGAAGCCGGAGCCGCCGGCGGGCCCGGAGCCGCCUCGUCGGGCCAGAAGCCGCGCCUCACGUUCCCCAUCCCCGGCAGCCCCCGUUCGCAGUCGCAGGCACAGACCGAGGGCGCCGGCAUCAGCGCCGGCACCAUGCGCUACCUCCGCGACGAGGGCGCCCUCACCCUGCCGGACCUGCAGACGUGCCUCCCGGCGCUCCAGGCCUACUUUACCUGGUUUCACCCGUCCUUCCCCAUCCUGGACCGUGCCGAGAUCACGCGCCGGCUUGCCGCCAUGGAUAUUUCGCGCUUCCUACUGCAGGCCAUGCUCUUCAUCGGCGCCACCUACUGCGACGAUGAAACCGUCGUCGCCAUGGGCUUCCAGGACCGCUCCGAGGCUAAGCGCUUGCUCUACACCCGGGCCAGGCUUCUCUUCCACGCCGACUGGGAAAAGGACGAGAUGAUCCUCAUCCAGUCCAUUUUCCUCAUGAGCUUCUGGCGCGGCGGCCCUGCCGAUGUGCGAGAUGUCAGGUACUGGCUCGGCGUUGUCAUUACCCUUGCCGAAUCGUACGGCCUGCACAGAUCGCCGAAAUCGUCCGCGUCCAAGAAUAUUCACAUGACGCGCAUGCGGCGCAGAAUAUGGUGGUCCAUCUAUGUAAGAGAGCGACAAGUGGCUGCGGCGAUGGGAUUGCCUAGCCGCAUCAGAGACGAAGACUGCGAUAUUGAGCCUCUGAGCGCCAAUGACCUUGAGUCGGAAGUCUACUGCUCCAACAUUCUGUUGUUCGGGUCGUGUCAGCCUGAACACAUAACCUAUGCCAUCAAGAUGGUUGAGAUUGCGAGGCUAUUGGGCCGUAUCAUCGAUCUUCACUUUUCUCCUGGCCAGCCGGCAUCAACCCCUGCGGAUGUCCAAGGCCUUGACAAGUCCCUUGAGGCUUGGAAGAACAGCCUCCCCGACACCAUGAAGAACAGCUUCCUCCGGCACGAGGAGGGUAACAAGUGCAAUCAAGUAGUCACCAAUGCCGCUUGCCGGAUCAGCAGGAUUGCUGAGGACAUGUCGACUCAUGGUACGCUACGCUACGGACAAAUGCACUUGAUCACCAGUCUCUUUGCCGCGCUGUGCAUCCAUGCCAUUAGCAUCCGCCGGGGCUCUGGAGUUUCCAGGAGAAUCGCCGAGCAUCGGGCGCAGAUGAGCCUGCUGUGUCUCAAGGAGAUACAAAAAUACUGGCGCAUCAACAAUAAUGUCCUUGAUCUCUUCCUCCAAUACCUUGAUCGCUCCAUCGCAGAUCGUCUGCAUGCCGCCCAGGCCGAGGGCUCGGCCAACGAGCUGGGUGGCGGGACCAAGAGAUCAGCCACGACGCCGGGCUCAGUCAACGCAAGCCCAGUCCUGCCGCAUCGGGGCGAUUCCCGGGCGUCUCCGGCACUGGAACAGACACGGACUCAAGAUGAGCUAUUUGAGGAUCAGUACUUCAGCCUCGUCAACAGCCACUGGGAAGGGGAUGAUGCCUUGGGAGACUUGAGCUUGUUUCUUCAGGCCGAAGAUUUCAUUCCUCUCCACUCAAAGACCUGA